UCAAUUGCUACAUUUUUCAAUUUAUUUUGGUUUUUAAAAUAUUUGUAUAUCUCAAAUUUUUAAUACGGCUAACUUCUGCAAAUUAAUUAUUCAAUGAAAUUAUAGUACUGAGAAUGGACCAAGAAGACUUCACUGCUGAUCUGUGUGCUGAACAGAUUGGUAAAUUAUUUCAAUUCCAGGAUCUUACUGGUAUAGAGAGUUUGCCAACAUGUCGGGAUGUAUUACAAAGACAUAAUUGGGAUUUAGAAUCUGCUGUUCAAGAUCAGUUAAAUCUUAGAGAAGGUCGCCCUUCAGUAUUUGCUGGAACAUCAGAAACAUCUUCUGCACCAACAGUUGUAGUUGAUCCAACUAGGCAACAAAUAUUCAAUUCAGAAUCUUCUGGAACUGGAAAUUUCUUACCAUUUGUAAUAGAUUAUAUACUAAGAACAUUUUACAACACAUUUGUAUCAGUGGUACGAUUUACUUGGAGUUUAGUAUGGCCUGAACCUAGACCUCCAAUUACAGAUCCUGUUGCUGAUGUUGGAAAAUUUAUACUAAACUAUGAGUCUGUGUAUGGUAAUGGACAUCCAGUAUAUUAUAGAGGAUCAUAUAAACAAGCACUUAAUGAUGCUAAGCAAGAAUUGAGAUUUCUUGUAAUUUAUUUACAUCAAAAUGAUCAAUCAGAUUGUUCUAAUUUCUGUUCUUCUGUAUUGCCAAAUAGUAAUGUUAUUUCAUUCCUAAAUGAAAGUAAUAUACUAUUUUGGGCUUGUGAACAAGAUACCAAUGAAGGUAAUCGUGUAGCUACAGCUUUACAAGCUAAUGUUUAUCCUUAUGUUGCCGUAGUCGUGUUGAGAGAAAGUCGCAUGACGUUAGUUGGUCGAAUGGAAGGACCUGUAUCACCUGAAGAAUUUAUAAGAAGAUUGCGGUCAGUGUUUGAAGCUAAUGAAGCUUAUCUUAUAGCUGCUCGUGCUGAACGAAUUGAACGUAGUUUUAAUCAAUCCUUACGGGAACAACAGGAUAGAGCAUAUUUAGAGUCUUUGCGUGCAGAUGAGCAAAAAGAGCAACUUAAAAAGGAGAAAGAAAAUCAAGAACGAGAAGAACGUAUGCAAAAAGAAAAAUUAGAAGAAAUAGAAAAAGCAAAAAAGGAAGAACUUAAACAAAAGAAAAUAGAUAUGUUGUCAAGAAUCCCAAAAGAGCCAUCCGUUGAAGAACCUGGUGCUUUGACAAUAGUAUUUAUUAUGCCAGGUGGUAUAAGAAUAGAAAGGCGAUUUGCAGAUGUAUCACCUUUGUCUGAUGUAUUGGAUUUUGUGUUUUGCCAUCCAAAUUCACCAGACGUUUUUGAAGUAGCCACUAAUUUUCCAAAGCGAGUACUUAGCACUGAGGAUAGAGAUAAAACUCUUGUACAAGCGGGCUUACAAAAAAGAGAAGUUCUAUUUAUCAAUGAUUUAGACUCGUGAAUAUAAAUAAACAAAUAUUUAUGUUAAGUUAUUAAAAGUACAGAAAUAUUGUAAAAAUUACAAUUAAAAUAAUAAUUUAUAAAUUGCAAUGGUACAAGUAUAAGGUGUUUUAAUUAAAAAAAAAUGUUUAAUCGAAAUUUGAGUAUGUAGAACCAAAUACCAGUUAAUUAUAAUAUAUAAAUAUAUAUAUUUAUUUUUA